UGCCCAAAGACCACAAUGCCCCUCCUCGCAGACUGGUUGCUGCGCCACUCAGUGGUCAUGUGUUUGCUGCUCCACAGUUUGGUUUUGAUGACCUUCUGCUUCCAUCAUGCGGCCACCACCUGUUCCAAGAGGUGCUACUGCUCUGAGAGCGAGACCGGUGGCAAGACGGUGCGCUGCAGCAACCUGCAGCUCACAGAGAUCCCCGAGGACAUCCCCAAUGACACAAGACGGGUCUACCUGGACUUCAAUCUCUUCACUACAAUUCCAACAAACGCCUUCGCUUCUUUAACCAACCUGAUCGAACUGGACCUAUCGCACAACGAGUUAAACCUGCUAGAACCCGGUGCGUUCAGGGGCCUGGGCUCCUCCUUACAGUUCCUAGAUCUGUCUUCAAACAAGUUAAUUAACUUAAACCCUGCUGCCUUUGAGGGCCUGCGAGCUCGCGCCAACCUAACAAACAACCAUUGGCAUUGUGACUGCAAAUUACAGAGGGCUGUGCUUCGUGUGGACUUGGAGCCUGCAUCUUUGGCAGGCAUCGUGUGCCAGACUUCUGAUCCAAAGGAAAUGGGAGUUGAAGGACGUGCCUUCCUUUUAGAACCAGACAUAGAUUUAUGUGUGAUGAUGAAGAGGACUACAGAUGUGGCCAUGCUGGUUGUUAUGUUUGGCUGGUUCACCAUGGUCAUCUCCUACCUGGUCUACUAUGUCAGGGCUAAUCAGGAGGAUGCCCGCAGACACUUGGAGUAUCUAAAGUCAUUGCCCAGCCGACAGGGUAAAUCAGAGGACUCCUCUACUAUUAGCACUGUCGUAUAA